CGGGUCCCAGCCCGGGAUCGAUCCGGUCGGGUCCCUUUCACCUGGAGCGCUUGUGGCGCGGCCGCCCGGGGAGAAGCCCCCUCCGCUCCCGCCCCGAAGCCCCCGCUCCGGAUCCAGCUUCCUCGGGCCCGCCCCGUCUCCUUUGGGGGCCCGAUCUUUUGAUUUCUGCCCCUGGCCGGGCUCGCGCUCUCCCUCGGCGGCCGCUGCCCGCACCAUGAAAAGAAGAAAAGGGGAAGAAGAGCCUUCCUGAGCGCAGAAGGAGCCCGUGGUGGGGUCGCCUCCCCUCUCUCUCGCGGCGCGCCCACUGGAUUAAAACCCAAAUAGGAGGAGGAGGAGGAGGAAGGAGGAGGAGGGGGUGCCAGCCAGGAGACGACACCCCCCCCCCCACGCCACGCCUCCCUCCCUGCCUUUGGAUCGAGGCAUUCCGUUACUCUUCUGGGCUCGCCUGCUGGCCAGGGUGGAUUUAUAAUAAAUCUGAUUGUUUUUGUCGGGAGGGGUUGUUUUCCCCCUCCCCGCCUCCAAAGGAGACCAGCCGUCACUUUCUGGGGCUCACUGGAAAGAAUCCGGGCUUGCCUGCCCGUGGAUUGGUGGGGCUGACAUUCUGUGGGUGCGCCCCCUCCCCUCCCCUCCCGCCCCCCACCCUUUCUCUCUUUCUCCUUCUCUCCCCCCUUCCCUUCGAUUCCACCGGGGCUGAGGGGGGGGGGGAGGGAGGAGGGCCACCGCAGAUCGGCGCGCGGGAGGGGGCGGGGAGGGGGGCCGCCCCCCCGCCGGCGCAUCAAGCACCAUGGAUGGCUCCUCUAGUCUCUGCAACGGCUUCCGCCAGAAGCGGCGGACCCGAGCCCAGCGCGACCGCGAGAGGCGGCGAGCCCAGCGCGGAUUACAAGCCGCCCCCCCGGCGGCGCCCGGCGGCAGGACCCCGGUGGGGGUCGAGGCGCGGCGGGCCAGGGCCGCCUCCCUCCUCUCCUCCUCCGGCUCGGAGCUGGAAAACAAUGGCCACCCCGCGCUGGCGCCCCCGCCCGCCCGCCCCAAGCCCCCCCGCAGGAAGCGGAGGGAAUCCUCCUCCCCAGAAGAAGACAUCAUCGACGGCUUUGCCCUCUCCAGCUUUGUCACGCUGGAAGCCUUGGAGAAAGAUGGAAUGGUUAAGCCUCAUGACCUGGUGGAGAAGCCUCAGAAUCCCUUGAUGAAGAAGAGACGGCAAGUCCUUGGCAAUGGGCUGGCGUUCUGUCCCAAAAAGAACAGAUUGCACCAUCACCACUACGGUUCAGACCGGGAGAACGACCAUAACCUGUGCCAUCACUUCAGGAAAAGAAAAAAGUUCCUGACUAGGCUCCAGCAGCUCAAGCCCGGCCAGAACAGCUGCCGGGACAGCGGCAGCGGCAGCGAAGAGUCAAAAGGAUUCCAUCGGAGCAGUUCCCGAGAAAGGCUCAGCGACAGUUCGGCUCCAUCCAGCUUGGGGACAGGCUAUUUCUGCGACAGUGACAGUGAUCAAGAAGAGAAGGCAUCGGAUGCCAGUUCCGAAAAGUUGUUUAACGCCGUUGCAAAGAAAGAUACAGACUUCGGUGUUGGUACACUUACAGAAAACGAAGAUCAAGAUGCCCGGACGUUGGUGGCACCCAAAAUCUCGGGCUUAGAACGGAGUCAAGAAAAAAGCCAGGACGGCGGGAAGGACCCGUCCUUUGACCCUGUCGUGCCUCAAGACCUUUGUCCUCAGGUUUCCCAGCAAUCAAUCGCACCCCGGUUGGACCCGCCAUCCAAGGAGCAGUCUCCGAGCCCUGCUGUGGUCCAGCUAACAGCACCGCCUCAUUCAUCCCCACCGGAAGCCCCACAACCGCAACAGGCCUCUGAGGACACCCAGCGACCCACAGCCCCUCUGCCCCAAGUACAACACCCGCCGAGGCCCUCCUCACCCGGGCAGGCUCCUCAAAACCUGCCCUCCUCCCAGCUUCGUCCUCCAUCCCGGAGCCUUUCACAACAAUUGUCGGCGUAUAACAGCAGCAGCUUGAGCCUGAAUAGCUUGAGCAGCAGCAGAAGCAGUACGCCCGCUAAGACACAGCCUCCUCCUCCCCCACCGCUCCCCCCACCGCCCCAUAUAGCUCACCACCCCUCAGCGUCACCCUUCCCCCUCUCUUUGCCGAGCCAUAGCCCACUCCACACCUUUCCGCCCACCCUCCAAACCCCUGCACACGCCCACCACCCCAAUAUGUUUGCCCCUCCCACAGCAUUGCCCCCGCCUCCUCCUCUGACGUCGGGGACGUUGCAGGUACCGGGCCAUCCUGCUGGCAGCACUUACUCCGAGCAAGAUCUUCUCCGCCAGGAGCUGAACACGCGUUUUCUGGCUUCCCAAAGUGCCGACCGUGGCGCCUCGCUGGGCCCACCACCCUACCUGAGAACGGAAUUCCACCAGCACCAGCAUCAACAUCAGCACACGCAUCAACACACGCAUCAGCACACCUUCACGCCUUUCCCCCACGCCAUCCCCCCCACCGCCAUCAUGCCGACGCCAGCACCUCCCAUGGUGCGUACCCCAGGCAGAAAUUUUGACAAAUACCCUACCAAAGUUGACCCCUUCUAUCGUCACAGUCUGUUCCACUCCUACCCUCCAGCAGUAUCAGGGAUUCCUCCCAUGAUCCCGCCGACCGGUCCGUUUGGCUCUCUGCAGGGAGCAUUCCAGCCCAAGACUUCUAAUCCGAUCGAUGUCGCAGCGAGACCCGGAGCCGUCCCACACACCCUUCUGCAGAAAGACCCCAGGUUAACAGAUCCAUUCCGACCCAUGCUGAGGAAACCAGGGAAGUGGUGUGCAAUGCAUGUCCAUAUUGCUUGGCAGAUAUACCACCACCAGCAGAAAGUCAAGAAACAGAUGCAGUCAGAUCCCCAUAAACUGGACUUCGGCCUGAAACCAGAGUUCCUGAGUCGGCCACCGGGCCCCAGCCUCUUUGGGGCCAUCCACCACCCCCACGACCUUGCGCGGCCGUCGACUCUCUUCUCUGCAGCCGGUGCUGCCCACCCGGCGGGUCCCCAUUUUGGUCCUCCCCCGCACCACAGCAACUUCCUCAACCCCGCCGCCCACUUAGAGCCAUUUAACCGGCCCACGACGUUCUCCAGCCUUGCAGCCGUGAGCAGCAAUGCCUUCGGGGGACUCGGGAACCCGGCAGUUACGCCCAAUACUAUGUUCGGCAACAAGGAAUGCCCCAGUAUGCAGAGUUUUAGCAGCCCUCAUGAGCCCUGGAACCGUCUGCACCGAACGCCUCCUUCGUUCCCGACCCCUCCACCCUGGCUGAAGGCAGGCGAGCUGGAACGCAGUUCGUCUGCUGCAGCUCAUGACAGAGAUAGAGAUGUAGAUAAAGGAGACUCUGCUCUUAGUAAAGAUGACAAAGAAAGGGAGAGUAUUGAGAAGAGACAUGCCAGCCAUCCUUCGCCCGCACCUGUCCAUCCUGCAAACUCCCUCGGGCACAGCCGUACCUCAGGCGAGCAGAUCAGGAGCCAUCUGAACCCUGAGGUCCGGGAAAAAGAGAAACCCAAAGAGCGAGAGAGGGAUCAUUCUGAAUCCCGGAAGGAGGUGAACGUCGAUGAGCACAAAGGGAAGGAGAACUAUAUUUCAGACAAAGACGGCCUGACCCAUGAGAGAGCACUGGAAGAGUCUAAGCAAGCGUCUCGGGUCCCUUCGCCUUACACCCGGCCUCCAGUCGGGGAGAGCACCCGGCCCAACAGCACUUCUAACCGAGAGGCUGAGAAGAAGAGUGAGUCUGCCUACGAGAACUUGAAGAAAGCCAGUGAAGUCAAAGUGAAGGAGGAAAGGAAGGAGGACCAUGACGUUCCACCAGAAGCACCACAGACCCAUCGACCAUCUGAGCCCCCGCCGUCAAUGCCCCCAUCCAGUCUCCACCCAGGCCCUUUGGUGUCCAUGCCCAUGACCGUAGGGGUUGCUGGCAUCCAUCCCAUGAACAGCAUCAGCGGCCUCGACAGGACUCGUAUGAUGACCCCUUUUAUGGGGAUCAGCCCCAUUCCAGGUGGUGAACGUUUCCCUUAUCCUUCUUUCCAUUGGGAUCCAAUGAGGGACCCUUUGAGGGACCCGUACAGAGACUUGGACAUCCAUCGGAGAGACCCUCUUGGCAGAGAGUUCCUCCUGAGGAACGACUCGCUCCACCGUCUCUCUGCACCGCGGUUGUAUGAAGCGGAGAGGUCUUUCAGGGACAGGGAGCCGCACGACUACAACCACCAUCACCACCCGCUUUCGGUCGACCCUCGCCGUGAGCACGAGAGGGGGACCCACCUGGAUGAGCGGGAGCGGCUGCACAUCCUCCGAGAGGACUACGAACACGUACGGCUGCACUCCGUCCACCCCGCGGCCCUGGAUGGCCACUUGCCCCACCCGGGUUUAAUGACCCCGGGACUUCCCAGCAUGCACUAUCCCAGAGUCAGCCCUCCGUCAGGACUUCAAAAUGGGAUUCUCAAUAAAACCCCUCCCACGGCGGCGCUGAGCGCCCCUCCCCCUCUAAUUUCCACCCUGGGACCUCGGCCUGGCUCCCCUCGAAGGACUACCCCCUUGUCAUCAGAAAUGAGGGACAGACCCCCUUCACAUACCCUCAAGGACAUAGAAGCGCGAUAACUCCGGCAGCAGGAAGUGGAGAGGAGGACCAUGAUUGGUUGAGCUUGACUAUAUCUGAUCUUCUUACUCGAUAAGUGUAGACUCUGGGUGUGACCCGGCUGUACAAAAAAAUGUAUAGACCCAAGUGUGUGAAGUUGGUUUUUUGUUUUUUUAAGUUUUGUUGGUUUGUAUAUUCUGUGAUGGAAACCAUUUUUCAAAAUGUUUAGAGAAGAAUGCAUUUUUCUUAACUUAUGCGGUUCUUUUCUGUUCUUCUAAGAGUCUUUCCUUAGCAGGAGCAGGAAGGUGUAAAUCAGUAUUUUGGAUGCAAGCAAGCAAAUUCUCUCUCUUCAGUCAGAAAUGAAGACACUUAUAGGUAUCCUUCCCCCAUCCCCUUCUUUUUCCCCUCUUUAAGUUAUCUCAUUGGUUAAUGGGUCAUAUAUGCAAAAUGGGUAAGACGAAAGCUUUACUUUGUAAAUAUGUAAAUAGAGGGGGGGGGGUAAGUAACAUGAUACAUUAACACUUCAGAAACUGUGCUCUUUGCAAACAUGAACCGUGCGGAAUGCCGCCCCGAAUCAGACUGGGAAACCGCUUCAACUAUGCAAUGAAUUUUAAAGGCUUUAGCCAAAGGAGCCUUGUCCAAACACCCCACCACACCCUUCUCCAAGUCAUGUUUUCCCUGCGCAAGCUCUCUCUGCCCGCCACCGUCGUUCCAAUGCAGAAGCAACGCACCAGAGAUAGGCCUUCACUUUCGGCAGGUGGCUUUUCCUCGUCAUUUUUCUCUCCCACUCUUCAGUUGCAACGUCUUGUGCAGAAGCAAACUGUGUCCUUCCUCUAAACAGCCCAGUUGGGUAUUGGGAGAUGAGGCCGAAGCCAUGCCCAAAGCCUAUUGAGAGAGAUGCCCAAAGCCCAUUGGGAGAUGAAGCCACCCGAGGGCAUGUCCAUUGGGAAAUGAGGCCAAGGUGAUGCCCAAAGCUCCUUAAUGACUCCAUAACCAUGCAAAACUUGAUCUCACGUCUCUCCCCUCCUUACAGUCCCAUCCUAUGCAUGUUUGCUCAAAAGUAAGUCCUACCAAGUACAGUCGGGCUUUCGAAGCGACCGAUAUUCUGCCUAGAAACAGAGUAGCUCUGUGCUACAGAAGGCGGUGUCACAUUCAUCUAUGUCCAAGCAAGCAAUCCAGGAACAAAUCCCAAAAGUUGUCAAGACAAGCCUCAGAGGUUGAAAACACCACCUAUGGCACAGCUGAUUAUUACUCCAAACAGCCCUCUUGGUGGUGACAUAGGGCACUUGCCAGCAUAGGCUCUCCUUAGUAACUGGCUCCUCAUCAUCUGGCAGUCCAGCUUUAAAUAAUCCCCAACAAUCCUGGCAAAUCUUGUGAGAUCUGACUUGGCCCAAAGCGAGAUCUCAUUCCGAGACCUCACAAGAGUUCCAGAAGACUAUUCUUCCCUAUUAGGGCCAUUUUAGCCGACAAUCGUCCCUGUUAAGCCCAUCAUGGGCCUGCGGGCGGGGCAUAUAACACAGGCCAAACUCUCCCUGUAUUGGGGUAGGUUUCCCUGUUUUCUCCUGCCCCGCAACCGCCAUUCCCCGCAGGGGGUAUAGCUUGAUUUGGCUGUGCCCCUAAGCUGGGGGCAAUCUUCUCCGUCUCUUCUGAAUUGCAUCACCAGUGUCCAGCUGCAGAGUUGCCAUAGAAGUUCCCCAGGACCAGCUUAGCCACUCAGCUAUCAAGAUAGGCCUUAAAGGGGGUGUUGGCCAAGCCAUGGACGUUGCUCAGUUCUUCAUCAUAGCCUUCCUCUCCCUUCUGAUUGCCUCCACUUCCUGUUGCAUGGGGCCAUUUUGAUGUUGCUGAAGGCAAUCCGAAGGGCCCCAGCAAGCUGUGUUUCUGAAACCCCCUGAGAUGAAUAAGCCAUGUUAUGGAAGGAAUAAGUUGUAUAGAGAGGCAAGGAGGUAUCCCAAGAUCAAAGGCCUUGCCCUGAUGGCUCCACCCACUCACAGUUCUUAGCCACACCUACUUUCACCAAAUAACACAGUGACCGCAGCAAUGAGGACUGGAUUUCUUUCCAAAAGGUACACAAAGAUGGAACAGACACAUUGUGAUUUGCUCACUCUUGUAGAGGUUCAGACAACCUCUGGACGUUUUGGGGCGAACUGGUCCCACAAAGGCUUCAUUUUAACAUUAAUAUCACUUCUAAAUGCCUUGUUUUCUGAACCAGCUUUUCCCUGAUCCUCCUGGUUAUUCUUAGUGUACAGGAAGGAAAUCUAUUCCUGGCUCCUUUUUUCGGGUAACGUGCCAACCUCCUCUCUCUUUCUACUCCCACUGGUGAACGGAAGCUGGCUUCAUGGAACAGGAGAUUGAGCCUUCCAAAAUCCAAUGGGCACGUUUGCACUGUAUGUUGACACUUUUCUUGCAAGUGAAUUCAUCUGCUAACUUAUUGAUUUUUCAGUUUAGGAUUAUAAUUUCUGUGAUUGGGCCACCACAGGGGAAAUCGCAUAGCAAGCAACAUAUGAAAGAUGAAGGCCUUGUCUUACCUUGUAAAAACCGCCAUCUUUCCAACACACUUCGCUUUUCCCCCCAUGGUUGCAUUCUGUUUGAACCCAUUUGGAGGGAAUAUGACUUGACCAACAGCUCUGUGAUACCUUGUCUACUCCUGGACUGUAAAAUGUAUGUAUGGAAUAAAAACUAGUUCCAUUGGUCUUCUAGUGUAUUAAAGUGAUAUCUCGAAUUGUUUUUCCUGUUUUGACAAAAAAAGAAGAAAAAGUCUAAUUACAGACCACUCUUUCUAAUGGCCAGAAAUCUAUUUUAGUAGUCACCUGAAAGUUUUAGUUGUGAACUUCUGAUUUUGUGAACUCCAGAUGUUGUGCAGUGAUUUUUUUUUUUUUUUUAAGAACAAGAUGAAAAACAGACAGAAAAAGGAGAGAAAACUGACCCUGAUGACGUAAAUAAAUAAUAUUGUACACUGGCACCGUAGGUGGUAGCUUUCAGUAUUGUAAAGAAAUUGUUCUAUACAAAACCUUUUUGCUGUUUAUCCUGUAUGUAAUAAAGUCCUUUCUAGAUCCUCUGUGAAAAGGGAGAGAGAGAGAGAGAGAAACCUGACGCGACAUUCAAUCCACAGCAUGUUUCCUCAUGAGCGAUGACUUUGUGUAAUGUAAAUCUGUGCCAUGUUAUUAAAAAAUGUGAACUGAA